AUGGAAUCUAAUUCAUCAGACUACUAUAAUAAAGACAAUGAAGAAGAAAGUUUGCUUGAAAAUGUUGCUUCCUUAAGACAUGAACUGAAGAUAACAGAAUGGAGUUUGCAGAAUUUAGGAGAAGAGUUAUCCAGUGUUAGUACAAGUGAAAAUUCCGAUUACACUUCUAAUCCCUCAAGGUUUCAAAGGCUCAUUUUGGAAGAUCUUGCUCAGCCUAGCCACCCUGGACAUUUGAAUUACUCACCUUAUAAAAAAGUUUGUAAACUAUCCAGUGGCAAUACCGAUUUUCGUAAAAAGCCAAAAGAUAAGGUGUCUUUUGAGUCUUCUACCCCAAUGGAUCAGGAAAUCAGAAGCCUUCGAGAGAAGCUUAAUAAACUCAGGCAACAGAAUGCUUGUUUGGUCUCACAGAAUCAUUCUUUAAUGACUAAAAUAGAGUCUAUCCAUUUUGAAUUAACACAGUCCAAAGCAAAAGUUUCUAUACUUGAGUCUGCUCAACAACAGGCAGCCAAUGUCCCAAUCUUAGAAGAACAGAUUAUAAAUUUGGAAGCAGAAGUUUCAGCCCAAGAUAAAGUUUUGAGAGAAGCAGAAGAUAAAUUAGAGCAGAGCCAGAAAAUGGUGAUUGAAAAGGAACAGAGUUUACAGAAGUUCCAAGAGGAAUGCAUAAAGUUGAAGGUGGACUUACUUGAACAAAGUAAACAAGGAAAGAGGGCUGAACGACAAAGGAAUGAAGCACUAUAUAAUGCUGAAGAGCUGAGUAAAGCUUUCCAACACUAUAAAGAGAAAGUUGCUGAAAAAUUGGAAAAGGUGCAAGCUGAAGAAGAAAUUUUAGAGAAAAAUCUAAUUAACUGUGAGAAAGAAAAUAAAAGACUACAGGAAAAGUGUGGUAUAUAUAAAAGUGAAGUUGAAAUUCUGAAAGAGAAAUUAAGGCAGUUAAAGGAAGAAAAUAACAUUGCAAAAGAAAAAUUAAGAGCUAUGGCAGUGAAAAAUUCAGAAGUCGUGGCACAGUUAACUGAAUCUAGACAAAAUGUUCUAAAGCUGGAGAGUGAGUUACAGGACAAAGAAGAAGUACUUAGAGAAAAGUUUUCUAUAAUGAAUGAAAACAAAGAAUUAAAGCUCCGAAUUACAACACAGAAUGAGCGACUAGAUUUGUGUCAUCAAGAAAUUGAAAGUUCAAGGGUAGAACUGAGGAAUUUGGAAAAAAUAAUAUCCCAGUUGCCAUUAAAAAGAGAAAUGUUUGGUUUUAAAUCAUCUCUUUCUAAGCACCAGAUGAGUAGUUUGUCAAACACGGAAGACAGUUGCAUUGGCUGCGGUGAGGCAAAUAAAAUGAUGAUCUCAGAAUUGAGGAUUAAACUUGCAAUAAAAGAGGCAGAAAUUCAAAAGCUUCAAGCAAAUCUGACAGCCAAUCAGUUAUCUCAGAGUCUUAUUUCUUAUAAUGACAACCAAGAAAGUGGCAAAUUCAAUAGUUUAGAAACAGAACCUGUAAAACUAGGCAAUAAUCAAGUAGCAGAAAGUAUAAAAGAUCAGAGCAAGCAAUAUGAAAGAGAGAAGCAAAAACUUGCUGCUGGAAUAGAAGAACUGCGUACUAAGCUGAUGCAAAUAGAAGCUGAGAAUUCUGAUUUGAAGGUUGACAUGGCCCACAGAACUAGUCAGUUUCAGCUGAUUCAAGAGGAGCUCCUAGAGAAAGCUUCAAAUUCUAGCAAACUGGAAAGUGAAAUGACAAAGAAAUGUUCUCAACUUUUAACACUAGAGAAACAGCUGGAAGAAAAAAUAGUUGCUUAUUCCUCUAUUGCUGCAAAAAAUGCAGAACUAGAACAGGAACUUAUGGAGAAGAAUGAAAAAAUAAGAAGUCUAGAAACCAAUAUCAAUACAGAACAUGAGAAAAUUUGUUUAGCCUUUGAAAAAGCAAAGAAAAUUCAUCUUGAACAACAUAAGGAAAUGGAAAAGCAGAUUGAAAGACUUGAAGUUCAACUUGAGAAAAAAGACCAACAAUUUAAAGAACAGGAAAAGACUAUGUCCAUGUUGCAACAAGAUAUCAUAUGUAAACAUCAUCAUCUUGAAUCACUUGAUAGACUCUUGACAGAAAGCAAAGGGGAAAUGGAAAAGGAAAAUAUGAAGAAAGAUGAAGCUUUGAAAGCAUUACAGAACCAAGUAUCUGAGGAAACAAUCAAGGUCAGACAACUUGAUUCAGCAUUGGAAAUUUGUAAGGAAGAACUUGCCUUGCAUUUGAAUCAGUUGGAAGGAAAUAAAGAAAAGUUUGAAAAACAGCUAAAGAAGAAAUCAGAGGAGGUAUAUUGUUUGCAGAAGGAGCUAAAGAUUAAAAAUCACAGUCUUCAAGAGACCACUGAGCAAAAUGUUAUUCUACAGCACACUCUUCAGCAGCAACAGCAGAUGUUGCAACAAGAGACGAUUAGGAAUGGAGAGCUAGAAGACAUUCAAACUAAACUUGAAAAACAGGUAUCAAAACUGGAACAAGAGCUUCAAAAGCAAAGGGAAAGUUCAGCUGAAAAGAUAAGAAAAAUGGAGGACAGAUGUGAAACAGCUACACGUGAAGCGGAUUUGAAAAGGCAGAAAAUUAUUGAACUUACUGGUAUUGGCAGGCAAGUAAAACUUGAGAUGGAUCAGUGCAAAGAAGAACUGUCUAGAAUGGAAAAAGAAAUAAUGCACCUAAAACGAGAUGGAGAAAAUAAAGCAAUUCAUAUUUCUCAAUUAGAUAUGAUCUUAGAACAGACAAAGACAGAACUAGAUAAGAAAACAAAUGCUGUGAAGGAAUUAGAAAAGUUACAUCACCAGACUGAAACUGAACUAACAGAAGCCUCUCAGAAACGGGAAGCACUAGAGACUGAACUGCAAAAUGCUCAUGGAGAAUUAAAAAGUACUUUAAGACAACUGCAAGAAUUGAGAGAUGUACUACAGAAGGCUCAAUUAUCCCUGGAGGAAAAAUAUACUACUAUAAAAGAUCUCACAGCAGAACUUAGCUCCCCAAGCACCCAGACUGUCGGGUAUGGCCAUGCACAGCCUUUCUUCAAGGACCCAACGGGGGCUGGCGACCUCCUGAAUGAGGACGAGGAUGAAGAAGGCACUUGGACUGGGGCCUACCUACUGUCCGUGGUGGAGCAGUCACAUAGCCUGAGGGCUGCUGCCAGCACAUCACCCUGCAGCACCUACAUGUCCUUUUUCUCCAACCCGUUGGAGCUGGCAGGACCCGAGUCUCUGCCCCCGUGGACUCUGAGUGACGCGGACUCCCAGGCUCCUCCACCAUCCCCACUGAGUGGUCCCAACCCAGACUUUGUAGACCAUGGAGAGUCUCUGGGAGACAGGCACCAUCAGACGCUGCAGAUAAGUUACGAAGCACUGAAAGAUGAAAAUUCUAAGCUGAGUGAGGUUCAGAGCUUCUCUGAAACUCAGACUGAAAUGGUGAGGACGCUAGAACGGAAACUGGAAGCCAAGAUGUCCAAGGAGGAGCGUGACUACCGUGACCCGGAAUCUGUGGUCCAGCAGGUGGAGCAGAGCCUGGAGUUGAUGACCAAGCAGGCUGUGAAGGUGGAAAGUAACGUCCUAAAGCUGAAACAGGAAGUCAGUCUGCUCCAGGCACAGGUCUCCAACUUCAAGCAUGAGAAUGAAGCCCUGCGGUGUGGCCAGGGUGCCAGCCUGACCGUGGUGAAGCAGCACACUGACAUGGCCUUGCAGAAUCUCCGAAUGACAGAAUUUCUGAGAUUAAAGAUGACAAGGAAGAGGAGAAGCAGCCCUGAAGCCACACGGACGCCCAAGCACCCUGCUUCUUUGUCCAGAAACGUAGCCGCAGCUUUUGAUGUGCGGUCUUCACCUUCAGACCCCAGCACCCUUCUUUCUCUUACACCUAUCCUUCUGGUACUAGCCAUAAGCUCAGGAAUCCACAUGACUUCCUCCACUUCAGACAAGCUGUCCACCAGUACUCCUUUGGGUCCCGUUAUUAAAGAGCAGGAACAAUACAUUGCAACUCAAUAUAAGGACACUGUUGAUUUGGGGCAAGAAUUGACUCUAACCCGGGAGCAGUUGCAGAACUCUCAUACGGAAAUGGUGGAGGCGCGUCGUCAACAAGUACAAGGACAGAGAGAAAUAGAAAGGCUCUCAAGUGAACUGGAAGAAAUAAAGCAACUCUCUAAAGAGAAAGAAGUUCGUGGAAACCAUUUAGCUGAAGAAUUGGGGGCUUCUCAAGUACGUGAAGCUCAGUUAGAAGCAAGAAUGCAAGCAGAAAUCAAGAAAUUGUCAGCAGAAGUAGGCUCUCUCAAAGAAGCCUAUCAUCGUGAGAUGCUUUCACAUCAAGAAAACCAUGCAAAGUGGAGGAUGUCUGCUGACUCUCAAAAAACUUCUGUUCAGCAAUUAAAUGAACAGUUAGAGAAGGCAAAACUGGAAUUAGAAGAUGCUCAGGACACUGUAAGCAAUUUGCAUCAACAAGUUCAAGACAGGAAUGAAGUGAUUGAAGCUGCAAAUGAAGCAUUACUUAUUAAAGAGUCAGAAUUAACGAGAUUACAAGCUAAAAUUUCUGGACAUGAAAGGGCAGAAGGCAUGAAGUUUCUAUCAGUCCCAGCAGAAACUGUGCUAGACAUUCAAGAUCCAAAGUUUGGUAAACAUUCUCACACAUCUUUUUUCAAGUGUAAAAAACUACGUCGCUCUAUUAGUGCCAGUGACCUAAGUUUCAGAACUCAUGCUGAUGAAGAUCUUUCUGAAGAAUUACUACAAGAUUUAAAGAAAAUGCAGUUAGAACAGCCUUCAGCAUUACAAGAAAACCAGAAGGAUCUGACUUAUAACCAGUUAGACUCAUUUGAUCCUCUCAUAUAUAACCUAGAAGAUGAUAAUUCUGAGAGUAAUGACUUUAAUACUCUUAGUGGAAUGCUAAAAUACAUAAACAAAGAAGUGAGAUUAUUAAAAAAGUCUUCUGUGCAAAUAGGUGCUGGUUUAACUCAGAUACUUCUCCAGUUGAAGAUAAGAGAUAAAAGGGGAAAAGGUAGAGAUAUGGAAAAAGAGCAGGAGGUGGAAUGA